AUGCCGUCCCAAACACCACAAACACAAACCGCCUCGCACGCGGGGCAGGUCGCGAAUGCCUAUACUUCCGCGCCCGCACCGGCACCGGCACCGGCGCCAGCUAAGACAACGCCGACAAAGACUACUUUGAAGGCCCUGCCAACGGUUAGGGACCACACGACGGACCAACUGAAUGCUGCCGGUGACGAGUAUAUCCCGAGGGAGACUGAUGAAUUUGGAGAGAAGAAGGUGAUGCCCAACGGACAACUGCUUGGUGGUCGCGAAUAUCGUUGCCGGACUUUCCUGGUUCCCCACCGUGGCGACAAGCUGUUUAUGCUCGCUACCGAGUGCGCGAGGGUUCUCGGGUACCGCGACUCGUAUUUGCUAUUUAACAAGAACAGGUCUUUAUACAAAAUCAUUGCAAGCCAAGUCGAAAAGGACGAUCUGGUCGCUCAGGAGAUUCUCCCGUUCUCUUACAGGUCGAGGCAGAUUGCCAUUGUUACUGCCCGAUCGAUGUUCCGCCAGUUCGGCAGCCGGGUGAUCGUCAACGGUAGGAGGGUCAGGGAUGACUACUGGGAGACUAAGGCGCGCAAGCAAGGCUUUACCGAAAAUGACCUGGCUGGCGAGAAGCGGCCGGGAGGUGCGCGAGCAAGGGAGGCCGCGGCCGCUGCCGAGGCGCAGAACAGCGUCAUGAUGGGUGGACCGCAUGGCGAGAUCGUCUACAGCAAUACCCCGGCGCCAUUCCCAGGAGCACAACCCCAACUUGUUCAACCAGGACCAGACCUCAAUGAUACCACCAGGACCCGCGAUUAUAGUGGCAUCCUCAAGGGCGGACCUCGACAGGAAAUUACGGGACCAGCCUACCAGGACCAGACCCGGCCCUCCGCAGUCCCGGAACUCAAUGCCCAGGCACACCACGCGGCCGAAUUUAACCGGACAAUCAACCAGCAGCGCGACAUGCGAAACGACUAUCUCAACAAUGUAUGGAGGCGACCCCAUGAGCAGCCCGCUACUACUAACCUCACUCCUCCGGCUCCUGCUGCCGACACUACUGCCACAAGCCAACCAUCGCAGUCGCCACACACGACUGCCGCUGGACUACCGCAGUCGGGGAUCAUAGCGAGCCAGAGCCCGCAGAUGAUGAUGGCCGCGCCCGCCUACUCGCAGUCGAUACAUUCCCAGAGUACCAUGAGCCAAGCACCGAUACGAGGUAUGACUCAGACGUCCGCUCAGAAGAGCACCAGGCCAACAUCGUCUCUGUCGCCAGGAACUACGGGGACCCUAGCACAGGCCCAAGGAUACAACUAUCCGCAAUCGAGCCAGAUGUGGCCACCAACCCCACAGACGCCGCAACAUGGAUACUCCGGUUAUACUACACAGACGCAGCAGUCGCACUCCCAACAGCAACCUGCUGCCUCCCAACUUCGACAUUCUAGUAGCGGGCAGAUCCAGCCUGGGAUGCCAUUUUCGAACAUGCCAGGGAUGAGCCAGGGCUAUGGCGCUGCCGGCCAGGGCAUGUAUCCUGCCGAGUCCACCCCUAGGCAAUACAUGCCUCAAAAUACUCAGGCCUCUCCAGCUGUUUCUCAGACUUGGUCCAACCAGCAAACUCCCGCCACCCAGCAGUGGUGGGCCAACGCGCAGCAACAAUGA